UGUGAGCAGUGGGGGAGAAUGGCCUGGGGGAAGGCUGUGACUGCCUCCCUGCCACCCAUGGCCCCCGCUGCUCCAGGAUCCUCCACACCUAUGGCCCCAAGCAGGGUGUAGGGCUCCCAGAGAUGAAGGGUGGGGUGGUGCUCCGGCUCCUGCUGUACUGGCUCAGGGCUCUGAGGGCUUCCAUCGGCGUCCUGCUGCAUCUGGCGGAGCGCGCCCUCCACAGAGUACCCGGCUGCCAGCUCCUGCGGGCCCUCCACCCAUGGCCCAGAGACCGUGACGGUGCCCCCACCAGCAGGCGCAUCGUGGCCACGUGGCAGAGGGGUGCAGCAGGAACAGGGGACUGGAGCAAGAUCCAGGAGCAGCCGCCCAGGAGACACGUGGAUGGGGAUGGCACCUGCAUCCACGGGCCAGAAUCCCAGCUCCCAGCAACCAGCUCCCUCCAGAGCCUCUUCGAUGGGGCAGGCAGGCUGGACCUGGCUGGGCUGCGCAAGGUGGUCUAUGAGACAGGCAUGGAUGCCAGCGAGCGGAAAGUCACAUGGAAGUUUCUCUUCGGUGUGUACCCCGCGGACUCCACCACUGAGGAGCGGCGCCGGCUGGACCAGCAGCUGGUCGCUCGCUACAGGAGCAUGAAGAAUGCCUGGAAGCAGCAGUUCCCCAGCGCCAAGCGCAUGAAGGUCCAGUCAGACCUGGAGCUGUCCCUGGCCAUCAUGAAAUACGAGCAGCAGGAGAUGGAAGCGGCCAAGGUGCCCGCGGAGCACGGCCUGUGGCUCCAGAGCAUCAACCAGCCCCAGUUCUGGGCAUCUCUGAGGGACAUUGAUGCCGACGUGCCCCGCACCGACCGGCACCGCAGCUUCUUCCAGCGCCAGGGGCUGGUGAAGCUGCUGUACCUGAGGGAGAUUCUGAUCACAUUUGCCGCCUUUCACCAGGACAUCGGCUACUGCCAGGGCAUGACCAGCUUUGCCAGCCACUUCCUGGAGACCCUGGACUCAGAGUUUGACGCCUUCUGGUGCUUCGUAAACUGCAUGCGGCACUGGGCCCCCAGCUUGACCGCCCAGGGCGUGGCCUGCAAGAUCCAGACCACCGAGGAGCUGCUGCGACACGUGGACCCCGAGCUGCACCAUCACAUCGCCAGGACCUCCAAGGAGAGGCUGCUCUUCUGUCUCAGCUGGCUGCUGCUGCGGUUCCAGCGGGAGCUGGGGCACGAGGAUGCCCUGCGGGUGAUGGAGAUUGGCGCCCUGGAGGGGGACCCCACCGAGCUGGCAGCCCGCCUGCUGCCACACUGCAGGGAAGGGGAGGACAGGUCGGCCCCGCACCGGGAUGGAGUCUCCUUCGAGGUGCUGCUCUGUGUCGCCCUCCUGAUCCAGCACCGCCAGCAGCUGCUCCAGUACCAGCACGUCCACGACUUCUUCCUCUUUGCCCACAGGCUGCAGGGGAAGCUGGCUCUGGACGCGCUGCGCAGGGUUGACAGGCCCCUCUAGGGCCAGGUGGCGGCAGGACAUCGGCCAAGGGAGAGGCUGCAAUGAAGCUGGGGGUGUCAAGCUG